GAGACAAAGAUACUUUAGGUGUGUGUAGUGUGUACAUUUGACAAACUAUAAGACAGAAGCACUUGAUUAAGAGUCUUUACACCUCUAGUCUUUACAUAAGCCACUCAAAAACAUAUGACACUUCUUCAUUAAACAGUUUAGUACUAACAAAAUUUUAUACUCAAAUUAUGACAGUGAAGAUGAAGAUAACAUGGCAAUCUUUGUUUCCUAAAUGUGGCAAGAGUGAAAAGCAUUCAUGCAUGAUUCAGAAUAGAGUCAUUCCUAAGCAGAGUUCAGUGUCCAGGGUUUCGAUUUCGGAUUUUAGUUCUUCAUCAGUGCUCUCAGAGGAGCUGUCUAAUUCCCUUGUAGGAUCCAAUCUUUAUGAUUUUACAUUAGCAGAACUUAAAGUGAUCACACAUGGGUUCUCACCGAGUAAUUUUCUUGGGGAAGGAGGAUUUGGACCAGUACAUAAGGGGUUCAUUGAUGAGAAUCUUAGGCCUGGCUUGAAGGCUCAGUCUGUUGCUGUUAAAAAUCUUGAUUUAGAUGGCUUGCAAGGCCAUAAAGAGUGGCUGACUGAAGUGAUAUUUCUUGGACAACUGAGGCAUGAGCAUAUGGUGAAGUUGAUAGGAUAUUGUUGCGAAGAUGAAAAUCGACUGCUUGUUUAUGAAUACAUGCCUCGAGGGAGCUUAGAGAAUCAGCUCUUCAGAAAAUAUUCGGUGCCAAUUCCAUGGUCCACAAGAAUCAAAAUUGCCCUUGAUGCAGCGAAGGGCCUGGCUUUCCUCCACGAAGCUGAAAAACCUGUUAUAUACCGCGAUUUUAAGGCUUCCAACAUUUUGCUAGACUCUGACUACACUGCGAAACUCUCAGAUUUUGGACUUGCAAGGGAAGGUCCAGAAGGAGAUGCCACACACGUCACAACACGAGUAAUGGGCACCCAUGGCUAUGCUGCCCCUGAAUACAUGUGCACUGGUCAUUUGACUGCAGCAAGUGAUGUGUACAGUUACGGAGUUUUACUCUUGGAGUUAUUAACAGGACGAAGAGCAAUGGACAGGAGUCGGCCUAGUAGAGCGCAGAGUCUAGUGGACUGGGCAAAAUCAUCACUGAGAGAACCACGAAAGCUUGGCCGAAUAAUGGACCCAAAACUUGAAGGCCAAUACUCAGAAACUGCGGCUUUAAAGACAGCUGCAUUGGCAUACCAAUGCCUUGGUCAGAGGCCAAAAUCUAGGCCAACCAUGAGGACAGUGAUUAAAACUUUGGAACCGCUAACAAAUUUUGAUGGCGUUACAGAUGCAUUCGUCUACACAGUAUCAAUAAACAGCAAUGAGGCAAAGGAAGAUUGAAGUGUAUGAAAAGAACCAGAGGCAUUAAGAUCUCAAUUAGUCUAUAUUUGGGUUCUCAAGUGGUGCUCUGAAGGAACUUGGAUAUGUAACUAAUUUGUAGUGUUUGAAACUUGAAGUUUAUAGAUAUGCAGCUGUAGAACUUGCUCACUUGUUCAUUAUGAUCCAUAUAUAUUUUCCGUUGAAUUUUA